AUGAAACUGGAACCUGUGAUCAUUGCAGCUGUAAAAAGUCACCUGCAUACCGUGUUUCUAAGAAAACAACAACAACGUCCUGUAAAUGAAGAGUUACCUGAUUCUUUGGUAAUCAAGAUGAGUAUGGAUGGAAGAAAAUUUGACGGACUUCAGACGGUGGUUGUAACUCUUUCAGUUUUAAAUCUUACAACAUUUGGAACUCAAGAGCGAAGAAAUGUUUUUCCUGUCGCAAUGUAUAUUGGUAAUGAACAGGAAAUUAUGGAUUAUUGUAAAAACUUUGCACAACAAGUCGAAAAGAUUUCGAAAGAUGGUAUACAAAUAACGAAAAAACAAGCAGACGCUUCGUUAAACAAAGAAAAUUUCAACAUGAAAGUGACUAUAAUAUGGGUUAGCGAUUUAAAAUCUCUGUCUUACGUGAGCGAUUUAUUAGAAGGCAAUAUGUUUUGUUUGAGAUGCGCAUGCUUGAAAUGUAAUAGCUUAAAUGGAACCUCCAUGCCAAGGUUUUUAAAUCACAAGUUUGGUAUUGAUUCAUCCAAAAUUUAUAUUUGCAUUCUCCACGCAGAAGAACGUAUUACGGAGCAUUUGGUAAAAUGGUCCCUUACAAAAGAAGAAUAUGAAAAAUUAGUGCUUGAAAGAGUAAGAAAACUACCAUGUUUUUCAUCUUCCUUUACAUUUCAUUCGACCCAAGUUAAAAAUACAUCAGACGCAGAAGAAGAUCCAGUAUUAGAAAACGAGGACUAUAAAUUCAUGUUGACUGGAGGAAUGGUUGAAGUUAUCUCACAGCAUUACAAGACAAUUUUUGAAAAUGUUGUUACGGAUGAAAUGAUGGAAAUUUGGGAUCAGUGGAUUAUUGUUCGUCAAUGGCUUAAAAUGACAAAUGAUGAGCGAGCAAAGAAAACAGAGGAAGAGCUUUUAGAAUUUUAUCAAUUAUUAACUAAAUGGCAUAUCAACAUUGUAGAACUACGAUCAAGCGUUGGAGUGCUUCCGUAUUACAUACACAUUAUUGUGCAUCAUGUAAAAGAAUUUUUCGAUGAAAUUGGUUCUCUGGUUCCUGUUUCCAAUGAAGCAGUAGAAGGUUCUCAUCAACAUGACCAUUUUAUAACAGAAAGAGCAACAGCAAAAGGUAAAAAGAAAUACUUUUUCGAUGAAUAUGUGAAAGAUAGUAAUACUGUGUGGAACGAGAUGAGUAUUUAUACAGAGCCAGACUUGUCUAUUGAUGAGUUUAACAAUAUAUUUAAAUAUGAAAAACAUAUUCCAAGAAAAGAAGACAAAAGAGAAUGGAAUCAAUUGUUCCAAAUUUUCCAACUGAUUGUGAAAAAACUUAGAGUAUUAUUUCUCUCUUUCAGGUCUGAUGAAGAUACUACAUUUGAAAGAAUAGAAGAAAGAAGUGGUGACAAGGUUAAGGAGAGAUGGAAUAGCUUCAAUGAUCUGAAAAUCAAGGAUCGAGUAAUAAUUGAAAGUGAUCAAUCAACUGCUACUAAUUUACAGUCUUCUCGUUCAGAAUUAGAGAAAUCUAAGCUGGAUCUUUAUUUACAGACAAAUGUUCAACAGGAAGAAAUGUUUCAGGACGAAAUGAGUGAUUUUGAAGAUGAUGAUGGAGAUGAAGAGAUGACAAAUAAUGAACAGCUAUUCGAUGAACUAAGUGAUUAUGAAGACGGUGAUGAAGAGAUGGAGUUUGGAGAGGAAACUAGUAUUCCUGACGACAUAGUGGAUUUUAUUUUUUGA